AUGCUUCCACACCCUUUCCGCAGUCCGGGAAUCGAAGCCGACGAGGACUUCAACCGCGAUCUGGAGAAAUAUCAGAAUGAUGACCGCGCAGAUUUCAAACCGAACCCACCCAAGAGCGCGGAUUUCAAGGAUCGCAUUGCGCACUUCACAUGGCCGUGGUUUGCGACGACCAUGUCGACGGGCGCGAUAGCCGUCGUGCUUGCGAAUACGCCGAAUCGCUUCACAGGACUCGAGACCAUUGGCAAGAUCUUUUUCAUCCUUGAUCUGGUUCUCUUUGUACUAUUCAAUAUCGUCAUGGGUCUGCGAGCAUUCUGGUUUCCCAGGAGAUUUCGCGCAAGUCUGCAUCAUCCGGUGGAAGGGCUGUUCUUUGGAGCUUACUGGGUCUCCGUGUCCCUGAUCUUGAACGCGACGCAAUCGUAUGGGGUUCCGAACUGUGGGCCCUGGUUGGUGAAGGCGAUUCUGGUGCUCUUCUGGAUAUACUGCGCUGCAGUACUACUCGUCGCAAUCGGACAGUAUUACGUCCUUUUCCAAGAGGAACGGCUGAAGAUCACAGAUGCAGUACCUGCCUGGAUCUUUCCCAUCUACCCUCUGCUUGUCAUUGGACCCAUGGCUGGAACUUUUAUCCCCUCACAAUCAGGAUCCAAUGCAUUUGAUAUGUGGCUCGGUGCUGUGAUGCUACAAGGUCUGGCAUGGACGGUGGCUAUCAUGAUGUACUCGAUGUACACGCAGCGUCUCAUGACCAGCGCACUGCCAGCACCUCCUACAAGACCUGGAAUGUAUGUGUCCGUUGGACCGGCUGGCUAUACUGCUGCGGGCCUGAUCUCACUCGGAAUGCGAGCGCCGACCGUUUUGCCCGCUAAUGCUUUCACCUCCAACAACUAUCACGAUGGGGAUAUCGUCAAAGUGAUUGGCAUCAUGGCUGGAGUCUUCAUCAUCAUCUUUGCCUUUUGGUUCUUCUGUGUCAGCACGGUCGCUGUGCUAGCUGGUAUCAGAAGGAUGCACUUCACCUUGAAUUGGUGGGCUGUAAGUAUUCGUCCACUGGUAUCCUUCUCUACAGCUUACUGACUUGGUCACGAGUUCGUCUUCCCAAAUGCUGGCCUCACACUGGCCGCUAUCCAGCUUGGCAAAGCUUUCGGUAGCCAGGGUAUCAACGGUAUAUGCAGCGCUUUGACAAUCAUAUUGGUCAUCCUGUGGCUGAUCACCGCCGUCUCACACAUUCGGGCCGUCUAUUACGGCAAGAUAAUGUGGCCUGGCAAGGACGAGGACAAAGACAUGAAGAAUUUUGGAUGGGGGAAAUACUCGGCGUAG